AUGAGCGGCUGUCGAGUAUUCAUCGGGAGACUAAAUCCAGCGGCCAGGGAGAAAGACGUGGAAAGAUUCUUCAAGGGGUAUGGACGGAUAAAAGAUAUUGAUCUGAAAAGAGGAUUUGGUUUUGUGGAAUUUGAGGAUCCAAGGGAUGCAGACGAUGCUGUAUAUGAACUUGAUGGAAAAGAACUCUGCAGCGAAAGGGUUACGAUUGAGCAUGCUAGGGCUCGUUCUCGAGGUGGAAGGGGUAGAGGACGCUACUCUGACCGUUUUAGUAGUCGCAGACCUCGAAAUGAUAGACGAAAUGCUCCACCUGUAAGGACAGAAAAUCGGCUUAUAGUUGAGAAUUUAUCUUCAAGAGUCAGCUGGCAGGAUCUCAAAGAUUUCAUGAGACAAGCUGGGGAAGUAACGUUUGCAGAUGCACAUCGACCUAAAUUAAAUGAAGGGGUGGUUGAGUUUGCCUCUUACGGUGACUUAAAGAAUGCUAUUGAAAAACUCUCUGGAAAGGAAAUAAAUGGGAGAAAAAUAAAAUUAAUUGAAGGCAGCAAAAGGCACAGUAGGUCAAGAAGCAGAUCUCGCUCCCGAACCAGGAGUUCCUCUAGGUCUCGUAGCCGAUCUCGUUCUCGUAGUCGCAAGUCCUACAGCCGGUCAAGGAGCAGGAGCCGGAGCCGGAGCAAGUCCCGUUCUGUUAGUAGGUCUCCUGUGCCUGAGAAGAGCCAGAAACGUGGUUCUUCAAGUAGAUCUAAGUCUCCAUCUGUGGAUCGCCAGAGGUCCAGGUCCCGGUCCCGGUCAAGGUCCAGAUCAGUUGACAGUGGCAAUUAAACUGUAAAUAACUUGCCCUGGGGGCCUUUUUAAAAAAAAACACAUUCACAAACCAUACUUGCUAAAAAUUCUGGUAAGUAUGUGCUUUUCUGUGGGGGUGGGAUUUGGAGGGGGGUUGGAUUGGGCUGGAUAUCUUUGUAGAAGUGGACCAACCAAGGGGUUGUUGAAAACUAAUUGUAUUAAAUGUCUUUUGAUAAGCCUUCUGCUCACAUUUUUGUGGAUGUCUGGAGUAUAUAGUUUGUGUAUAUUGACAGAGCUCUUUUAUAACUAAAGCAAAUUUAAUUUUUUUGUACUAGAAAAAAUUUGAAUAUUUUAGUUCCUGGUUAUUCAAAUAUGUUAAUUCAGAAUCAGUUUAAUGCCUCAAAUAAUUAAUGGCUUUGGACACAUAAAAGAGCUCUAAAUUUGCUUGUAUAUAAAGGCUUAAUUUGAGUUUUCCUUGUUGGGGUCAAGGGUGUCGUCCCACCCACCCUUUAACAGCUGCAGGACAAAGACAACGUAUUAAAGCAGCUGUUUGUUAUUGAUAAUAAAAUAUUAUAAAACUGUU